UUUAUCCUCUCUGCUUGAGAAGGCGAGUCUCAAAGUUCCUUCAGAAUGGGCAGUCUUCCCUCAGAUGCGUCCGGACAACAGCAACAUCGGGUCAAAGAGAGGUGUACCUAGCUUUUACCAAUCGAUGUACGCGGAGGUGUCACUUGUAGUUUACACGGUGGUCAACCCUUGUUUAUCAGGUUUUGUCAGCGGGACAGCGACUCUCAACCCAGCGCCUCGUCGAAGUCCAUCAGCUCCGCCAGAACCCGCAGGGGGCCGUGAGAGCACCGCGCCGGUGUGGGCUUCAUACGCAUCGCAGAGAAGAUGAAUAUCCAGGUUCUGCCGGAGCAUAAGCUCUCAUCAGUUGCCCCGCUGAAACAGUGCAAUGUGGAGAAAAAAGAGGUAGAACUCAUACUGGUGAAGGACCAGAAUGGUGUCCAGUACACCAGCUCCUCAAUCAUUCCCACCCCUGGUCACCGCGGUCCGCCUAGAUCCACCACUGAAGACGACCGAGAAACUUGGGGCAAGAAAAUUGACUUUCUCUUGUCGGUUAUUGGCUUCGCUGUGGACCUGGCCAAUGUUUGGAGAUUUCCUUACUUGUGCUACAAAAAUGGAGGAGGUGCCUUUUUGAUCCCCUAUAUUUUUUUCUUGGUAAUUGCGGGGAUGCCGUUGUUCUAUAUGGAACUUGCCUUGGGCCAGUACAACAGGGAGGGGGCAGCUACAGUUUGGAAAAUAUGCCCCGUCUUUAAAGGUGUAGGCUAUACUGUGAUUGUCAUAGCCCUGUACGUUGGCUUCUACUACAACGUCAUCAUUGCCUGGUCCCUCUACUACCUGUUCUCCUCCAUGACUAAGGACCUACCUUGGCUCAGUUGUGGCAACCCCUGGAACAGUCCGAACUGCAAUGCAUCUAUACUUGACAAAAACAUAUCUUAUUCCAAGCACAAGAGCACCCCAGCAACAGAGUACUAUGAACGGGGUGUGCUCCAUCUCCAUGAAAGUAAAGGUAUUCAUGACCUGGGUUGGCCUCGCUGGGAGUUAACUUUGUGCUUGGUUGUAGUCGUCUUCGUCCUCUUCUUCAGCCUGUGGAAAGGUGUAAAGUCUUCAGGAAAGGUGGUGUACAUCACUGCUACUAUGCCCUAUGUAGUCUUGUUUGUGCUCCUCAUCCGAGGCAUAACUCUCCCAGGGUCGAUCAAUGGCAUCAGAGCCUACCUCAACGUUGACUUCAAUCGACUCAAAAAUCUGGAGGUGUGGAUUGAUGCUGCCACCCAAAUUUUUUAUUCAUUGGGAGCAGGAUUUGGUGUUCUCAUUGCAUUUGCCAGCUAUAACAAGAUUGACAACAACUGCUACAGGGAUGCUCUCUUGACCAGCACUGUGAACUGCGUCACUAGUUUCUUCUCAGGGUUUGCCAUUUUCUCUGUGCUUGGAUACAUGGCUGAAAAACAUAACGUAGAGAUAAAAGAUGUGGCAACAGAAGGGGCAGGUUUGGUGUUUAUCAUCUACCCUGAGGCUAUUUCUACACUCCCUGGCUCAACAUUUUGGGCUAUCCUCUUCUUUAUCAUGUUGCUGACUUUGGGCAUUGACAGUUCGAUGGGUGGCAUGGAGGCAGUCCUCACAGGCCUGACAGAUGACUUUAAGAUUCUCAAGAGAAACAGAAAGCUCUUCACCUUUGCCACAGCCUUCGGGACCUUCCUCAUUGCCCUCUUCUGCAUUACUAAUGGUGGGAUCUAUAUUCUGACCUUGCUAGAUACCUAUGCAGCAGGGACCUCUAUACUUUUUGGAGUGUUGAUCGAGGCUAUCGGAGUGUCAUGGUUUUAUGGUGUGGACCGCUUCAGUGAAGAUAUAGAGCGAAUGAUGGGCUUUAGGCCAGGACUAUACUGGAGGCUCUGCUGGAAAUUUGUCAGCCCAGCUUUCCUGUUGUUUGUGGUAAUAGCUAGUACUGUAAAAUCAACAGGGCUGAAGUAUGAUGACUAUGUCUUCCCUAAUUGGUCCAAUCUUCUGGGCUGGGGUGUGGCCAUGUCCUCCAUGCUGUUUGUUCCUCUUUACGCCAUUUAUAAAUUCUGCAUUUUACCAGGAACUUUCAAAGAGAGGAUAGCUUAUUGCAUCACUCCAGAAUAUGAACAUCAUAUGGUGGCUGAAGGAAAUGUACGACAGUUCAAACUCAGACACUGGUUGGCCAUUUGAUCGCAUCUACCCAGAACUCUUUUAUCCACCAGUUGGAGUUUCUGUGUGCCAACAGUGGUCAGACAGACAAGAAGAGCAACAGGCUCCAGUUUCUUUUAGCAGCCUCUUACUUCUUCUGUAUUUACCACAUGAGGCCUUUUUUUUGUCAAUAGUGGCCUCAAGCACUUUGAUUUCAGAGUUAUGCCUGAUAGCAUUCUGAAACCAUCCUACAACUUCAUCUACUACUUCAACUCAUAAGGGAGGGGCAAGUCAUGGAAAAUUUACACUUACUUCCAUGUGAACAUAAUAAUGGUUUUUAUAUCUAACUUUUAUUAAUGAUAUCAGUCAUUACUUUUAGAUUGUGUUGUUACUAAUUACCUCUUGGAAGGGAUCAAAACUAUAGCUAGAAUCUAACCCCAUCCCCCCCCCAUUUAUCUGUGUAUUACUAUACAGGGGAUCAAAAUAUAUUAAAUAACGUCAGUGAUUGUUUAUUUUAGCAUUGUUGUAGGAAGUUUAUUUUGCCUCAUUCUGUUAGCACAGUGGCUUAUCUCUGUCAGUGCCUUAUUAAAUGAGACUCUCCAUCAUUCCUAUAGUCCAUACAGAAAGAAAAAGAAUAAACUGUGUUGACUCAGGAACCCAAAAAAAUCAAAACAGUUGUGGAUGGCAAUCUCUUGUGUUUGUCUUAGCUCAUUGACAUUAUCAUCAAAGAGCUGGAGGUCAACAGCUCAUUGAGUUCAAGUUGUUUAGCAAAGAAGAAAACAGGCCAGACAUAAUGUUUUUGUCACAUUGUAUUACUGGAAAGGGAAUAACACAUACAUUUUACCAAGCUUUUGAAGAAUUGAGUGUGGCUUCAUGAACUGUUAUGCUUCAAAAAGCUGGACUAAUAAGUCUCAGUCUAAAAGAGAGACUAAUGUAAAACUUGUUCAGUGCCUGGCUACUUCCUUAGAGAGCAGUGGGGGGAAAAAAAAUCACCAAACAAAUGGCGUUACUGUUACAGAUAGUUUUGUGUUAUUGUUCUGUGAUAUAUUAGUUUGGCAUUUUUGUCUUAUCAGUUUUUCUAAAGAAUAGCUGUGGCUUUUCCUCCAAAGAAAAAAAAGGGGAGACAGUAUAUUGGGUGUGUAUUGUUUUUUUGUGUUUUUUUUUUUUUUGUUGUUGUUGUUUUUUGUAACCAUACAAUUUGCUAUUGAUGUACAAUUCACUGAAUACCUUAUUUCAUUGUAUUGUAUAUUAAUUAGUAUUGUAACUGUAUGGCAGCAACUUUUAUAUUUUCAUUUAAAGUAUUCAACUUAUAACUUAUGGUGUUUUUAUCACCAUAUAAGUGCCAGCAUGUUCCUUUGGAGUGAAAUUUUUAUCUUCUGUUUUUUCUUUUUUUAAAUUUAGGUAUUAGAAUGAAGUUAAAUUUAACCGUGAAUCAUGAUACAACACCCCUGAAAGGAAUAAAGCCACACAGUCACACAAAAAAAGAAAGUACAAUUAUAUGUGGAAUAUAUAAGGAGACAUAAAAAUAUAUAAAUAUAUUCUUUUGUUAUAUCUAAUCUUGUAUUUAUCAAAUUGUUUAUAGCAAAUUGUGAAUGUAAAGUAUUUUAAAUGUAACUGUCCAUAGUUAUAACAUGGUGUUUGAUGUAUAACUAAGAUGAACUAUUUAGAAAAGAAAAAUAUUCUUCAAUGUAACCCUGGGCUACUUUGUCACGUACAUGUGAACAAAUACACCCUGGAUCUCCUGGACCAUGUUUACAGAAAUACUGUGUACAAUAGCAAUGUCCUGUUAAACGUGAGUGACAACUGUCUAAGAAGAAAUCUGCAGUAUUCACAUUACAAAAAAAUAAAGAAUUUCUCCUAAACACA